AGAGAGAGAUUGUGAAAAGACCGGCAGGAGGAGUGGGACUUGCUAUAAGGACACCAGCGACUCUUAAAUCCAGCCGCUCCUCUGUUUUUACGCAGGAGAUUUGAAGAAACAAACAACAAAACAGGAGGAGCUGUGAUUGGAGCCCGGCAGAGAAAAGUAGCCUCACAUCGACUGUAUUUGUGACAUCUUAAGUUAUUCUCAGCGGCAGAGACACUUGGGGACCGAGGGACCUACCAUGAUAAGGGUUGUGGAUUUUGCGCUGACUGUGCUGCUCGCCGCGUCCCUGUCGUGCCGGAGCGCCCUCGGCGGCUACGGGAUGAGCCUGUUCGCGGCGCAGACCUCUCCCCCAGACCCUUGCUACGACGAGCACGGCAACCCGCGGCGCUGCAUCCCGGACUUCGUCAACUCCGCCUUCGGGAAGGAAGUGAAAGUGUCCAGCACCUGCGGCAAAACGCCCAGCCGUUACUGCGUGGUGACAUCGGCGGAGAAAGGAGACGAGAGGACCAGGAACUGUCACACCUGCGAUGCCUCGGACCCCAAAAAGUACCACCCUCCGGCGUACCUGACGGACCUCAACAAUCCACACAACCUCACCUGCUGGCAGUCCGAGAACUUCAUCCAGUUCCCGCAAAACGUCACCCUGACUCUGUCCCUCGGGAAGAAGUUUGAGGUGACUUAUGUGAGCCUGCAGUUCUGCUCGCCUCGACCUGAGUCCAUGGUUAUUUACAAGUCCAUGGACUACGGUAAAACUUGGGUGCCCUUUCAGUUUUACUCGACCCAGUGCAGGAAGAUGUACAACAAGCCGAACAGGGCCGUUAUCACGAAGCAGAACGAGCAGGAGGCCGUGUGCACGGACUCCCACACCGACAUGUACCCUUUGACCGGCGGGCUCAUCGCCUUCAGCACGCUGGACGGCAGACCGUCCGCGCACGACUUUGACAACUCCCCGGUGCUGCAGGACUGGGUGACAGCCACCGACAUUAAAGUCAUCUUCAGCCGGUUGCACACUUUUGGCGACGAGAACGAGGACGACUCGGAGCUGGCCCGGGACUCGUACUUCUACGCCGUGUCGGACCUGCAGGUCGGAGGGAGAUGCAAAUGCAACGGGCACGCGUCUCGGUGCGUAAAGGACCGGGAUGGGAGUCUGGUGUGUGAGUGCAAGCACAACACCGCCGGGCCGGAGUGCGACAGGUGCAAACCUUUCCACUACGACAGACCGUGGCAGAGAGCCACAGCCAGGGAGGCCAACGAGUGUGUCGCAUGUAACUGUAACCUUCACGCCCGAAGGUGUCGCUUCAACAUGGAGCUGUACAAGCUGUCGGGAAGGAAGAGCGGAGGAGUCUGCCUCAACUGUCGCCACAACACAGCUGGACGCCACUGCCACUACUGCAAGGAGGGCUACUACAGGGACCUGUCCAAACCGAUCUCACACAGGAAAGCCUGCAAAGCAUGUGAUUGCCAUCCCGUGGGCGCUGCUGGCAAAACCUGUAACCAAACCACAGGCCAAUGUCCCUGUAAAGACGGCGUGACUGGUAUCACGUGCAACCGCUGUGCUAAAGGCUACCAGCAGAGCCGCUCGCCCAUUGCCCCCUGCAUAAAGAUUCCAGUCGCACCUCCUACAACCCCGUCCAGCAGUACAGAGGAGCCUUCAGACUGUGACUCUUAUUGCAAAGCAUCUAAAGGCAAACUGAAGAUCAACAUGAAGAAGUACUGCAAGAAAGAUUACGCUGUCCAGGUGCACAUCCUGAAGGCAGACAAAGCCGGCGAGUGGUGGAAGUUCACCGUCAACAUUAUCUCCGUCUACAAGCAGGGCGAGAGCCGCAUCCGCCGCGGGGAUCAGUUCCUGUGGGUCCGUGCCAAAGACGUGGCCUGCAAGUGUCCCAAAAUCAAACCUGGGAAGAAGUACCUGCUGCUGGGGAAUGACGAGGACUCCCCCGGCCAGAGCGGAGUGGUGGCAGACAAGGGCAGCCUGGUUAUCCAGUGGAGGGACACGUGGGCGCGCAGGCUCAGGAAGUUCCAGCAGCGCGAGAAGAAAGGCAAGUGCAAGAAGCCAUAGGCGGAAAAAGAUGGAGAGGAUGCCGGAGAAGGGGAGGUAUUCAAGAGAAAAGCUGAGCGGGUGACUUAAAAAAAAAUUUAAAAUUUAAAAAAAGUGAAAGAGAGGCAGACAGAGGACCACGGACAGACAAGAGACUGUUUAUGUCGCUGCUUUUUUGUGUAGAAGCAUGAAGAGAAUUAUUUAGGAUGAUUUGUUUUUCUAGUGAACUUUUGUUGAAGGAGCUCACCUUGCAGAUUUGGUUUUAUGGUUUAUUUUACUUUGAGAUUUGUCUCUCUUGUGGAUUUGCCGAAUUUGCACCUAUUACCAGCAUAUAAAGUUAUUUGUGUUUCUUUAUCUCAGUAUGAAAUCAUUAUAUUUUAUGUUUUAAUUUUAUGGACAUUUUCUGCUGGUGCAAAAAUGACAGAAAAAAAAAAGCCACUUAAUUACCACUGCAAUUUUGCCUCUGCAUGGUUUUCUUGUUGUAUUCUUGGCUAAGAAGCGAGCUUAUUUCAUCAAAAGUUUUCACUGAUCAGAUUGAGGCAAUAACAUUUCCUCUGUUUAAAAUCGUGCCAUAAAAACUAUUGUUUGCAAGCCACAGAAAUGCGUAAUACAUUUAGGUGUCAAUGAGUUGCCAUUCCUUCCCCCCUGUUGUAUAAAUUCAGGUUACUGCAACUCGAGAAAUCUGUAGUCCUACAUUUUAGCUGUCAGGCUGGUUAAAUUUAGGUGGUUCAGUAUUUGUACAAACCUGCAUGUGAAUGCAUCUCAUUUGAAACUGUAAUGUUCAGUUCACUAACUGGUGCUGCUUAUGGUACUAAUGUUAAAGUUAUACCUUUUCGGGAAGAUGGACUGCAUUUAAAUUCACUGAUUUCACUUUCAGUACUUACAGUAACUGUGAUUUUUUUUACUUUGCUACUCCAGCAGGAGUUUAACAAUGGACUUACGAAAGGGCCAGAGGUCUGCCGCAUUUAAUUGCAAUAUAAAGACUUUAAAAAAAAUAUCCACAAAAUCAGGUGUUGCUCUUGGAUAGUACGACAACAGAAAUACAUAAUAAUGAAUAUGGGUUCGCAAGUGGCUACAAAAUAAUUGUCGUUUUUUUGUUGUUUUAUCAAUUCAUUUCAUCUAUAUUCUAGUGACAAUAUUUACUUGUCUUACCACAAAAGAUUAGAGCUGUGAAAGAUACCCAAGGUAGGUCAUUGUGCAGAGUGAAUGUCACAAUAUUGUUGUGCAGAUGAAAGUACUGCAUGUUCUCAGAGGAUACUGACAAAGACGUGCAUAUAGUGUGUCACAAGUGCAAGAUUUUUGUAUGAUUUUAAAUGUAUUCCUUCACAGCAGCUCAUGAAAAAUAUUUUAUACAAUGUGUCAAAAGUUAUAUUUAGAAAAGUGUAUGACCAACACAAAGAGAGAAACAGGUACUGCAAUGUGGACGGCCAGCGAACACAAAAUUGGGUGUAUUUUAAUUUGGAAUGAGGAGUUUAAGUAAAAUAUUCGAUUAAACUCAAUCAAUGCAGAUUGUAAACAGCUAUGAGGAUGGGAACAAUGAAAAGAAAAUCAUGUCCUUACCUCAUGUGGCGCUGCAAUGAAUCAUAGCACAGAAAAAUGAAAACCUAAGCGCAAACUGCCCUUUGAAAAAAGUGCUCAACCAUUGCUUAAAUGCAUUGUUGAAAUCCACCUCACACUGGCUUGUUUUCAUCUAGAAUAAUUCCUACAGUACUAUGAGAUUGCAGAUAAAUACCUUUGCAGUCCACACACUCUUUAGCAAACACAAUGCAUGACUGUACAUUCACUGUGCGACCAGCCAGAAGCCACAGUCUCCCAUAGACCUGUCAUGUUAAUUCUCUUCACUUCAACACUUGCACAGGGAGAAAAGGGGUGAAUUGCAAUCACUUGACGCUGCUUGAUUCAAACCACAUUGCUCAUUUAUUUGUAUGCAGUUGGGUUUGGAUUUCUCUAAGGAAUGCGUGGUAAAAAACACAGCUCAGGUUUGUAAAAGCCCACAGUGUGUCUGAUGUAUCAUAAACUGGAGCUCCUUUCAGUCCACCCCAAAACACUUUGAGCAACAUGUUUGAUGUUGCUGGUAUUUGUUUUGUUUCACAAAAUCACAUUUUGCACCUUUUAAUCUGUACCACAGCACAAGUAACUGUAGAAAUGGGGUUUGAGGUCUGUUCAAGACACAUGGUUUUAAUCUAAUGGACUUCCUCUGUUUUAAAUGGUAAUAAUUUCUGAUUCCGCUAUCUCAGAGAACGACUCAUUUGUCCAGGAAUUUUCUGAAUGGACUGAAAUGCCUCCUAGAUGAUGACAAAUUAGAAGGGCUUUUUAAACCAUGAGAAAUCAAAAUCACCUGGGUUUAACUGUAAGAUAAAAAGAACAGAUGAUCUUGUUGCUGAAGUACUUCUCAGUAUUUACAAUAAAGGUUUGAUGGAGUUUUUUUUCUUAUGUACAAUCACUCAAAUGAUUGUGUGGUCAGUCCAUCACGAUGCUCUACUGAUGACAACAUACUCACACAUACAGUAUAUUUACAUGUUCUUGCCUCUCAUCGUUAAUCCUACAACAUAACAUUACAUGUCAAUGUUUUUUCCUUUGGCACAUUGUAAUCUGUAAUCACACUUCUGUAGUCUCUGUAGCCUCAUGCUGUAAAUUCUACAUCCGUCUCCUGAGCGAUGGUUUGACAAGCUUCCUGAUGAAACGCUACACACAUACCUGUCAAAGCAUUGCUUUGUGUUCAUACUAUGAAUUGUAAAUGUUGUUUAGUUGUCACCAUUGCCAAGACUUUUUUUGCAAUGUUGUUUUACAAUGCGUACUAAUAUAUUAUGGUUAUUAUAUAUGAAUAUAUUUAAUGACACAAGACAUUGUGGAUUUUAUUGUCUUUUUCAACUUUUUUUUUUUUUUUUUUACUUGUUUGUGGUUGUUUAGAUCGUUGCCAUUAAAGAAGGAAAUAAUAACUACUGAACACACCAACCUGGUAGAACUAAAUUCAGAUUUUCAGUUGAAAUAAACUCUUGUUACAUUGAAAAACUAUUUGCCUCUGUUGAUUUGAAUCAUUCUUGUUUAUUUAUUUAGUUGUUAAAGCUGGGGUAGGCAGUUUAUUUUAGGCGUCACUGGGCAAAAAUCCCAUUAUAAACUUUGAGUGUAUGGUAAUUCCUGGUCUGAGAGAACACUAGAGUUCUGCACCUCCUGCUCUGUUUUCAGGCAUUAGAAAAUCUGGGCCAUGAGGAGACACUUUGGCCAAUCACGGGUCAUUUCAGAGAGAGGGCGUUCCUAUUGGCUGUUCUGCAAAUGUGGAUACGUGUGCACGUACCUUUGGGUGAAAGCCUGAUUCAAUUCAAAGAAUCCUGCAGAGAAAGUUGCUAUUCCAGUAUUGCCACCAUCUGCCUACAUUGCAAAGCAACCCCAAAGAAAGGAAGAUGGACUUAUCGAAAAGAGAGUCUACAAGAAAGUCUGACAGUAAAUCACAUAAAACACAUGUAAAUAUUGGCAAAGCAUUUCAGAAAUGGAGAGAAAAUAUUUUAGCCUUCUAGUUACCAGAGCCAAAGGCUCACGGCUGCAGCUUCAAGUUCACGUUUAUGUAAUAAAUGUUAGCUAGAGCCUCGAAUCACAGUGUGUCCUCCGCCUCACUCCCCGCCGCAACCGACUACCUAGUCUCUUACACAGACGCCGAUGACGUCAGCACGCUGGCUGACUCUGUCCUCUGUGGACAUUCCCAUAGGAAAGUUGUAAUAGAACUAGCGCUGGCUCCCAGCGGCAGUGAUGUGAUUGGAUCCAAAUCCGUGUACUUCCAUACUUCCUCAACCAACGGCUAAUUAGCUUUGCCUUACACCUGCCUACACUGGAAUUGCUGUUCCCCGAAUUAUUGUCCAUAGUACAACAAAAAAUAUCCGGUGCUUAUUUUUCGAUGACAGGAACGACUCAGAACAAACCUGACAAAUAUCCACAAGUUUCUUCGGUGUAGUAGCCUGAGCCAUGACUGACUGCAUUACGAAUCUACAUCACAGUACUACGCACUGGUAAUCUGCUCUCUGUGUUUCUGGUACGUCUCUGUUACAUGUAACACACGUGCCGUACCUAUGGCAACGCCGUCACGUGGUCUGGAUAUCCCCGCCCAUUUCUAUUACAAAACGAAAGACGAAUGUCCCCAGACUCCCAUUCCGAAGUAAGGGAGGCUGGUCACGCGAGACUACUGACUACCUUGCCAGAAGGAGAACUGGCAGCAGCUGUGAAGACAGGCUCCCAGUCAGUUGCAGCAGGAACAUGUAUCUCGCCAGCACAAACCUCAGUUCAAGGGUACCAGACAACCUUGACUCCCAGCCCAAACAACAAACUUUGUGUUGCUGCUGUUACACAGGUUAAACCCCACCACCGGCCCGCUGUGACACCCAGUGCUGUGGGGUUUGCGCCAGCUAAAUUCAAGAUGCUUCAGCUGCAGACCAAAGGUCCGUCUUGCUGCCCACUCUCCUCCCCAGGCAAGCAGUCCACAGCAGUGGGGAGCAAGGCAGAAGGACGAUGGGGUGGCUAGCUAGCUAACUGUUGUCUCAUUUGUGGUCUGAUAAAGAGAGAGAGCGGGGUAAAGAGGGAAAACACUGGUUUACUGUAUGAAGCAUAUGCAUAUGUCCGUGGUCAUCUGGUGGGAGGAGCUUGGGACAGAGAGGGGAGAGCUGCAGGAGUGGGUUGUAUUUUCAAAUUCUGCCAUUUUUAUGCCUUUUCCAGAUACCUGCCUACCCCGCUAUUAAAUAGAAACAGACAACUUUCCCCCCCUAGCAUUUCAAGUGUUAUUAUUACACUGCUGCUUUCUGAUAGCUUUCUGAACAAAAAACACAGUUUCAGCAGUUACAUUUAUUGUUCUACGUCCCAGAGAUAGUAACAGCACAGAUACUCUUUAGCAACUAGGAAAAAAUUGACCUUGUAUUUUUGUGAGGAGAUUUUGCCCGGUGGCAGACAGGCUUGCAUAGUGAAAGCGAGGCUUACAGGGAAAAGUCAAAUGCCAUCACUUUGUGCAAUCAAAAUUAACUUCAUAAUGACAAGUUAAAGCAAAAACUUGUCCAUUUCCACUUUAAGUUAAGGCACGUAGUCAGCUUUUCUAAAAGUACAGUAGAC